AUGGCGCCCCGCAAGACCGCCGCCGGCGACAAAGCUCCGAAAGCACCUGUCACCAAAAAGUCCGCAAACAAAGUCAUCAAGCGACCGGCGCGCGGAUACCACAAAUUUCGAAAUGGCUUACUGAAUGUCACACCCAAAGCAGAGCCGAAGAACGCCACUGCUCUUCUGAGAACCUGUCGUCAGAUCUACUCCGAAACCGCAAUCAUGCCGUUGGCUCUCACGGUGUUCUCCAUAUCUUCUGUCCAGCGGGCAAAGAGAUCCUUCGGAAGAUUCAAGCUACGGCAGCGCAAACAAAUCACGAUACUGCAAUUCGACAUCGUUUCGCCCGAAAGCGUCAUAGAGCUCACAGAGUUCUUCUUUGUGCGCAACAAGUUUAUGCUUGCUGACUCGCUCCCCGCGUUGCAAGAGCUGCGAGUUGAAGUAUACUCGGCCCAAGAUCCAAUUAUGACCCGCGAGAAAACGGAGGAGGCUGUACACGAGUACCUCGAACCAAGCAUCCGAGAAAUGUCGGUCGAAGUAAAGGUACACCAGACCAAUCGACCAUGGUCUGGUCGUUGA